AUGAAGAAUUUUUCUGUACAAUAUUUACUUUCACAUAAUGAUAAUAAAAAAGAUAUACCACCAGUAGUACAAACAACAAUUACAUCAAAUACAUUAAAUGUUAAUUCAUCAGAUGAUGUUGAAGAUGAUAAUCAUUCAUCUGUUCCAUCAUCUUAUUAUGAUUCAUCAAAUGAUGAUGAUGAACAACAAACAUUAAAUAGAAAUCCUCUUGAUAGUAGUACAACAUCAGAAGAUAGUGAAACAUCAAAAUAUCUUCAACAAGAACAUAUACAUCAUCAUGAAACAUCAAAAAGACGUAAAAGACGAGUUCUAUUUACUAAACAACAAACAUUUGAACUUGAACGACGUUUUCGACAACAACGUUAUUUAUCUGCACCAGAACGUGAACAUUUAGCUAGUGCAAUUAAUUUAUCAGCUACUCAAGUUAAAAUUUGGUUUCAAAAUCAUCGAUAUAAAAUGAAACGUUCACGUCCUGACAAAAGUUUACUUGAUACAACAAUAUCUACACCUCGACGUGUAGCGGUUCCCGUACUUAUUCGAAAUGGUCGACCAUGUCAUCAACAACGUUUUUCUCUCCCAUCAUCAUCAUCAUCAUCAACAUCAACAGCAGCCGUUUCUAGUCAACGUAUUCAUGGUCAAUCAAUAAUAAACAGUAACAGCUCAUUAGUCGAAGCAUCAUUAUCAUGCAAGAAUGAUACUCCUCCCAGUAUAUUAUUUAAUGACAGACAACAUAUGAAAUGUGACAAUAUUGAUUUAUUCCAACAGUUUAUUCUUUCACAAUGGGCACUUUCAAAAAAAAUAUUUUUUCCAACAACUUAA